AAGAACCUUGCGAACACGAUCGGUUGCAACGCCGCGAGCACUGCCGGUGGCUGAGUUUGGGCAUGCGGGGCUGCGCGCAGCGCCUCCGCAGGCAUUGCAUGCGUUGAUCGCUGCCUACACUCCACGUUCACCGUUACCACCAUCAUGGAAGACAUGAGCAAAUACACAGAAAACCCCUUUGCGUCCACGCACUCCUUGGACGCGAACCCUUUCGAGGAUCCUAUACCGGAGCCCAGCCUCAACUAUGCCAGUACUACCGAUGCUGCACGAUUGGAGACACUGAGCCAGCGCGAGAGAGAUCUCGAACGGAGGGAGCAGGAGCUGAACCAGAAAGCUGAACACAUCAGGAGAUUCGGGCGGAAUAAUUGGCCUCCCUUCUACCCCGUCAUUUUUCACUCCAUCAAGGAUGAAAUUCCGGAGGGCUUCCAACAACUGAUAACGCGACUGUAUCAGCUAUGGUUUGUGCUGGUCGGCACACUGGUUAUCAACAUGAUCGCAUGUAUCUUCGUCCUAACUUCGGGUUCGAGCAACGGCGCAAGUGACCUUGGAUCGAGUAUUGGCUAUCUUAUCGUCAUACCGCCUCUCUCUUUCCUCCUGUGGUACCGACCAAUCUAUAACGGGUUCAUGAAGGAGCAAGCCUUAUAUUACUAUUUAUACUUUGUAUUCUGUGGCUUCCAUUUGCUAUACUCGCUAUAUAUGAUUAUAGGCAUUCCAAGCACUGGCUCUGCGGGCCUCAUCCAAAUGAUCCAAAUGUAUGUCAGAGGAGCCAUCGCGGCCGGAAUCCUGGGCACUAUCGCAUCUAUCGGUUGGAUUUUGCAAGGUGUCGGAAAUGCCAUAUUUUACCGACAAAUUUGGGCACACAACAAAGCAGCCGGCCACUCUGUCGAAAAGGCGAAAGCCGAGCUUGCUACCCAUGGUGCGAAAGCGUAUUUCACGCGAGGUUAG